AUGGAUAUGCUACAACUUCAACAUUAUAGGGAGAAGCAUGAGAAGCUUAAGAAAUCGGCCUGGGUGCUUGGCGGUGGAGUCCCAGUUGAUAUUGUCCUAGGUAUUGGAAUGUUCUAUAACUUCGAAGACGGUACUACCGUGGACUUAGAGAAACGUACUGCUGCGAAUACCCGGUACAACAGACUUUAUGGUGGCUAG